AAUAGAGAGAGAGUGAGAGAGAGAGAGAAAGAGAGAGAGAGAGAGAGUUCAUUGAGUCUUGAGUUUCUCUAGUAUGGCGAUCACACAGAGUCGUUCUGCCGUUACACCGGAUCUCGUGAAUCAUCAACAGCACUGAAUCAUCGGAUACAAUGAGAAUAUAAUGAGAAAUCAGAGACUGAGAUGAGAGUCUGAUGUUGGAGGGUUUUAACGGGAUCAGAGCGGCGGAAAUUCGCUCCGGCCUCUUGAUGCUCUCACCUGCCUGACCUACAGCCGAGAUCAGGAUGAUAGAGGAGGCGGGACGGAAGGGGAAUGUCAUGGCCGAUAGGAAGCAGAUCUUCACGGACAUGAAGACGCAGAAUUAUGACACCAUCCAACUGUCCACGUACCGCACCACCUGCAAGCUCAGAUUCAUUCAGAAAAAAUGCAACUUGCAUCUGGUGGACGUGUGGAACAUGAUCGAGGCGUUCCGUGAUAACGGUCUGAACACGCUGGACGUCUGUACCGAGAUCAGCGUGGCUCGGCUGGAGACCAUCCUCACCUGCAUCUACCAGCAGCUAAACAAACGACUGCCCACCACACACCAGAUCAACGUCCAGCACAACACCAGCCUGCUGCUCAACUUCUUGGUGGCGGCACACGACAGUGAUGCUCAGGGAAGGCUAACAGUGUUUUCCGUCAAAGUGAUGCUCUCGGUGCUGUGUGGAGGGAAACUGGUUGAUAAACUUCGCUAUAUUUUCUCUCAGAUAUCUGAUUCUCAUGGUUCGAUGCUGAUGCCCAAGUUCGACCAGUUCCUGCAGGAGGCGCUGAAGCUUCCCACCGCCGUGUAUGAGGGGCCAUCGUUUGGCUACAAGGAUCACUUUGCCAGAUCCUGUUUUCCUCAACAAAAGAAGGUGAUGCUGAACAUGUUUCUGGAUACUAUGAUGUCAGAUCCUCUUCCUCAGUGUCUCCUUUGGCUUCCUCUGUUGCAUCGGCUGGCAAAUGUGGAGAACGUCUAUCAUCCAGUGGCAUGUUCUUUCUGUCGGUCGGAAGGCAUGAUGGGAUUCCGUUAUCGCUGUCAACAGUGUUUCAACUAUCAACUUUGUCAGAACUGUUUUUGGCGAGGUCAUGCGAGCGGAAACCACAACAGCCAGCACGAGAUGAAGGAGCAUUCGUCCUGGAAAUCUCCAGCUAAGAAGUUGGGCCGUGCCAUCAGUAAAUCUUUGGGCUGUGUGCCGAGUAGAGAGCCGUCCCACCCCGUCUACCCAGAAUACCCCGAGAAACCCCUCAACCUGUCCAAUAUAGUUCCUGCCCGUCCAAUAGGAAACAUGAAUGAACCAGCUCCGCCCUCUUCUGCAGGCCCCACCCCCACUAAAAGACUGCCGACUCUAGCUGCAGCUCAGCGUAUGAACGAGGAACAUGCACUGAUCGCAGCAUAUGUGAACAAACUCCAGAGCAGCCCACGUGCAUUAGACAGUCCUGGCCGAACGGAUGAAGAGCACAAACUCAUCGCUCGUUAUGCAUCUCGUCUGGCCACGGACCCUGGACACACAGCAAGACCUUCAGACUUCAGCUAUGACACCAACAAACAGCAGAGAGAACUCAUCAUGCAGCUGGAGAACAAGAACAGGGAGAUUUUGCAGGAGAUCCAGCGUUUGCAAGCGGAGCAUGAACAGGCAUGUCAGCCGACUCCAGAGAGAGUCCAACAGAACCCGACCCUGCUGGCCGAACUCAGACAGCUAAGGCAGAGGAAGGAUGAGCUGGAGCAGAGGAUGUCCUCUCUACAGGAGAGCAGAAGAGAGCUCAUGGUGCAGCUAGAAGGACUCAUGAAACUACUGAAGGAUGAGGAGCAGAGACAAGCUGCUCAAGCUUCUGGUUCCUCCCCAAGCCAUGCCUCCCCUCGUUCUAUGCCAAUGCCCAUUCGCUCUCCUUCGUCAGGCUCCACCCCCACCCCCACAGGCCACACCCCCACCCAUGGGCCCCAGGACUCUUUAGCUGGAGUGGGUGGAGACGUUCAGGAAGCAUUUGCUCAGGGACCGCGCAGAAACCUACGAAAUGAUCUCCUGGUGGCAGCGGACUCCAUCACAAACACAGUGUCUUCACUAGUCAAAGAGCUCAACUCCGUAGAGGAUGCAGGAGAGGAGGAGGAGAGAUUGCAGAAUGGCAAAGAUAGAGGUUAAGCCAGAUAUGAAGCAAGCAGUGCCACGUGUGGUCGUCACCAUGCAAACACUUUCUGCUGACAUCACAACAAAGACAGUGACCUCUGAACCCAGGCUCAGCCAAUCAGAGAGAGUUCAGGGAUUUGAGUGGGACGUGGCUUCCUGUGGAUUGCUUGAGAAGGAAAAUGUUUUGUUGUUUUUAAAUGUUUUUUACUCUUUUUGUUUUUGAGAUGCAGAUUUAAGGGUCUGUGUUGCAAACCUGCUAGUUUGACUAGUUACUCUCAUUUGAGUUUUGUAGCUGAUUUUGUUAGUUUGUGAGUUUGAAAGCUUUUAAAAAACAUAUGCACCCAAAGACUGUCGAGGACGGGACAGAAUGGACUGAGGUGGGAACGGAACGGAACGCAAUAGAAUGUGAUACAUGAUUGAAGGACAAGUGUGAAGAGUUGACGAUUGGCUGGCUGAAGUAUGUGGGCGUGGUUUGUUCGAUGUGGGUGUGGUCAUGUUGAUUUUAAGGACUGCGAAUGGUGUAAAAACGACCUUCUAAAGGAUCUAAAUUAAAGGGUCAAGCUGUACUGUAAUUUAUUUUCGAUUCACUUUUUUUAUUUAUUUUCAUUACGCAAACAGCAUUUCAGCAGCCUUUUAGAUGUACAUUUGAGGACAUAUUUUGGUCAUUUCAAAUAAUCGAUUUCAGAUUUCCAAGUCCGAUUCAGCGUUUAUGUAUAUUUAAGAUCAGAAUGAUUUAGUUUUAUAGAUUUUCAAACAGGUACUUUGAUAAAGAGGUGGAUUACUUACUGUGCUCCUUUUACUGGAGAGUUUUACCCAUUAAUUUUGUCGAUUUUUCUAGAAGCACUGUUUGUAGUCAAUAUUUCUUUUGAACGAACAUUUCUUACCUACAAACAUUUGCGCGCACACGUCUGACCUGCUGUGUGUUUUUCUGGAGGUGUGUGUGUAUUUGUGUGGUAUGUUUGCCUCUCUAUACUUGUGUGUGUUUGUGCAAAGCUGGAAUGUGAAUCAUAUUGAUGCCUUCAUUUCAUUUUAUUCUUAAAAACCUGCCAAAAAUGA